CUUAUCACGCAUGCGCUUUACCUAUCAGCUGACUAUGACUUCGUGAAAACUACCAACGAACGUGUUGUUCAAUGUUCAUUGUUGGAAGAACGUCGAAACGAGAGUAUUCACGUUACUUCCCUUAAAGCACUUCGUUUUACACAGAAAACAUGUUGUUCUUUGGAAUAUUAUUCAUAUUUUUGGCAACUACCUCUGCUGAAUAUUGCAUUGAUGAGGUGAACAAAUUUUGCAGUACUACAAAAAAACAUGAGAUAGGUAUUGAAUCAAAUUGUAAUGCAACAUAUGGAAAUAUUCAUGAACUUUUAGUACCUCUUCAAUCUUAUGCAUAUGGCAAUAUUGAAUAUAGUUUUCGAUUUUUAUUAAUGUCUACUUAUUUGGGAAAUUAUGAAAAUCAGCGUGAAGGAUUUAAGAAAUUAUAUCGUAAAUAUUCUGAUGAAAUGUGGGAAAAUGGAAUUGAUUUAAUUAAAUAUAUUACUAAACGAGGUGGUUCAAUGAACUUCGGACAAGAGCCAAAGUUUACUCCUAUGAUAAAAACUUUAGAAUUGAAUGAAUUUGCAAGUUUAGCCACAGCACUUGAGAUUCAAAAAUCAUUUGCAAACCAAGCAUUAAAGAUACAUGAAAAAGCAAGUAAAAAACAAGAUUCUGCUAUUGCUCAUUAUAUUGAAGAGAAAUUUUUAGGAUCACAAGCAGACCGUGUUCGAGAAUUAGCAGGUUAUAUAAGGGAUAUGAAACGUUUCAUAGAUGAAAAUAGUAAUCAUUUAUCUAUAUUUUUGUUUGACCAAUAUCUUCAAAAAAGUGUAUAAUUUGUUUACUACAGUUAAAAAGAUAUAUAAAUUAAAAUUUCAUGUUUUCAAAUUUUCUAUGUAUAAAUUUAAUCCAUGAUAAAGCAUACUCCUUUUUUAGUUAUUCAGAAUUUUACAUUUAGAAUUAAUAUUGUAUAUUAAUAUUAUAUUUUUGUCAUAUUUCAUUUAAUAAAAUAUAUACUUAAUAAA